CAUGCCCGCAUUGUGUUCGUGCCCGGUCGGCGCCAAACCUUACAAGGUGAACACCUUUAUAUCAUUACUGCUGAAAUUGUUUAACAUGGCGUGAAUAUAUCCUUCUGCAUCCGUAGAAUGGCUUCCGUAGUGGUCGCGUCGGGUGACGACCCGCAGCUACAAAUAUUACAGCUGCAAUGUAUCCUAGACGCCAAGAACCGGGAGGCCGAUCUGCUGAGGAAGCGGCUUGCGUCGAGCGACCAAGACGAGCAAGAUGGAAUGCUGCUGCAAGCCGAAGUCUCACGACUGCGCGCGACCGUGGAGAAGCUUUCGCAGGAGAAUACUGUCUUGCGUGCAGAGACGUCCGCAUUCAAGCAUGCGACUAUGGCAAACACUUCUACAAGGGGUGGCACGGCACCCGGCAGCGGCACUGAAUCAGCUCCAGCACCGGAGCUGGCCGCGCAGGUGGCAGCUGGGCCAAGUUCUACCAGCACCGCUACCAGCGCCGCCGGCAGCCGGCCGGCCGGGUGGGCCGCGGGCACUCCUGACUGCGCACCUCCCUCUGGACCGUCGCGCGCUGGAGCGCAUGCGACUGGGACUAGUGUCGCUGGUGCCGCGGGCGGCGCGGGCGGCGGCGGGGUGGAUGCCGACGCACUGGUGACCAAGCUGCGAGGCCUGGUGGCGGGCCUGGUGGCUGAAGCCAUGGAGGCGCACAAGCAGUCCCUGCAGCAGCAGCAGCAGCAGCAGCUCCAGACGGCGACGCAUGCGCCAGCUGCGCCUUUCGCACCCAGCUCGCAAUCUUCCGCUUCUGUAAUCAGGCCGCUGCAGCCCUUGCCGCUGCAGCCGUUGGCAGGGGCCAGCUCGUCAGCACAGCAGCACCAGCAGCAGACAGCAAUGGUCUACUUGCUGCCCUCCGCGCCGGGCAUACACAUCCUGCAUGUGCUGCAGCCGUCCGCGCCCCCCUCGGCUGCUGCUGUGCCCGCCGCGCCUGCUGCAGCAGCGGCAUCACAGCGACAGCUGGCGUUGUCGUUGCCGGCUGUAGCUGAGGCAGCCGGCGAAGGCGGCCCGGGCAGCGGCUACACAACUGCGCGGUCCUCUUCCUCGGGGGUCUCGGCCUUCGGGACGCCCCUGCCAGGCGGCGGCGCCAGCGGCUUCGGUGCUGUGUCCGGGGCCGUGCCUGCGGGUUCGGGGGGCGGAGCCGCCGGCGGCCGCGGAACGCCAACCGCAGGUGGAGAUGUGCCGCCUGUGGGUACGCAGACUGGUGCUGACCUGGGGGUUGGGCUUGACGCAGGUGCAGGCGCAGGCGCCGGGGCAGGUGCCGGCAGGGACGGCAGCCAGGGCCGGCCUUCUGCCGCCGGCGCCCCUGCGGUGCUGGAGCUGAACGUGGACGGCACGGUGGUGUAUGUGGACCGCGCUGUGCUGCAGCACCAGCAGCAGCUGCAGCAGUCGGCAGUAGCAGCAGCUGACGCGGCUGCCGGCAGUAGCAGCGUCAGCGGCGGCGGUGGCAGCUGCCGGCUGUACGAGAUGCUGGUAGAGCGGUACGACAGCCUGCCGCGGGACUCGCAGGGCCGGCCCUACCUGUCGUACGACCCCCGGGUCUUUCAGGUACUGCUGUCCUACUUGAAGGAGCGCUGGCUGUUCGGCGCCGCCGCCGCCGUCUGCGACUGGCCGCGCAUCAUCCGCUCGCUGGGCGUGUCGCCGCACUACUUCGAGCAGGUCUCGGAGCACUUCGGUCUGCGGGAGGUGGUCGCGCCCGGCAUGCCACAACCGGGGUCCGCUUCGCUCCUUGACGCUGCUGCUGUCAUAUCGCAGUCCGCAGGGGGCUCACCGUUCGCAGCCCGGGACCGUGCCAGCUUCGCUAGCAACGGCACCACUGGCCUCAGUGGCGUCGGCGUUGGCGGCUCGUCACGGACGGCGUCGCCGUCUGUCCCCGCGGCCACGCUGGCCACCCCCAACCUGCCGACCUCGGAGCUCUUGGCGCAGCAGCAGCAGUCGCUGGCCAGAAUGCAGUCGCUGCGCCAGCAGUUCUUCCUGAGCGGGCCUGGCGGCAGCGAUUUAGCAGGCGGCGGCAGCGGCGACAGUCCCGGCGUCAUGGGUGCUGCUGGUGCCGAGGGCAUCGGCGCUGAUGCAUCCCCGGCCCUUCCUGCCGUUAGCUCAGCGCUCGCCAUCUCGCCACAGCUGCCGCUUCCGCCUCAGAGAUCAUCGCAAGCCCAGCCGCCGGCGCCGGUGUCGUUUUCGCUGCCUCUGCCGGCUGCUCCGUUUCUGCCUGAGCCAGCGGCUGUCGAGGCGAACGCUGGGCAUGCGGUGGGAGACGGGCCGUCGGCAGCAGCGGCACCGCACGCAAUUGCCGAACUGCCAGUGGUGGCUGCAAAGCCGCUGCCGCCGCAGCAGGCACAGCACGGCUGCACUGCGGACCUCCAGCUGACCCCAGGGCACUCUGUCUCGGACGUUGCUGGAUCGGCCGCUGCCGCAAGGGCGAGACAAGUGUCCACGGCCGCCCGUGCCUUGGCAGCCGGUGGGGACGUCGUGGGUCCAGGGUUGCCUAACACCGACAACGCGGUAGGCCCGGGCCUCAUCCUGGGGGGCACUGCUGCAGCUGGCGCGCAGCUGCAGGCGCCCGUGCCCAAGGGAGCUGCUGACGGCACGGCGGUGGCCCAGGAUCCUUCGGAGUCACAGCAGUGCGAUAGCAGUGAUGGCCGCAGCUGCUUGGGCACAUCGGCGUCGGCGCUGCCCUCCUCACGGAAACCACUGCCGCUGACACCAUCGGCACAGCUAGCGCAGCAGCAACUGCAGCGGCAGGAAGAGCAGGGAAUGGCGAUGGCGGGGAAGGAGGCAUCAGCAGCCCCUGCGGUCGCGGCCGCGGCCGCUGAUGCUGUCACUAUGGAGGCGGCAUUUGUGUCUCGGUAUCGCGUACCAAACAUGUACGCCGUGCUGGCACAAAAGCAGAUGGAGGAGGCGGCAGAGGAGGCCCGCGCGGCCGCGGCUGCGGCGGAUGGCGUGCAUCAGGCGCAGGGGCGCGCGGGGGGUGGGGGCGGUCUGUGACGGUCAUGAAGGGCACGCAAAGGUGCAAAGGUCGUGCUGCAGCCUGCCGUGGCAUGGGGGGGGGGCACACAGACACGGUCGUGUCUGGUGAAUGCUCAAGCAUAGGGGGCCAGCACCGGGAGCACCAGCAGCAGCAGGGGGUUGGGUGAUGAUAUGGGGCGCGGUGUAUGGAGGUGGCAUCCCGUAUGUUUGUUUACCUGGGCGCUUCAUUGCGCCAAGCCAAUCGAGUUUUCGCAGGUUCGGUUUUGUGGCAUGAGAGCCAUCUCACCUGGUUAGUGCACGUACUUGAGUGCUGCGCCGCAGUAAGGUGCCUCCUGCGUUGCACACUUGGGAUUACGGUACGUGACUAUGUGAGGCGAUGUGCGAGUGAAGCAUGCGCGGUGCGAGGCCAGCACCGGAGGGCAAUUUCUGGAUGCCACCUAACGGCGUUUCUUUUCACAUGCCAAGUAACGCGACGCGUCAUGUAAGUCGCUGUAUGAUCAUCUGUGAGUAGCAGUGCAGCGCCUGUGAAAGGUCUGUGGUGGGCGCUUGGCGGUCUCACACUAGCGGACCGCCAUGCGAUCCAUGGGGCGUGCCCCUAAGGAAGUCAAGUGACAGGGGACGCAACCUGACGCAACGUACGGUGUUAUAGUGCUGGGCAUGAGAGCAGGCAUGUGCAAGUAGUGACCCUUCGUCAGGGCAUGUCAGGGGUGCGUGGCGUAGAGCUGAGGUGAAAGGAGGCUGGUAUAGGAAUGACGACUGAAGUCAGAUUAUGAUGAUAUGUGCCAGAGUCAUAACAUACGUUAGACCAAAGGUAUUGGGGAUGCUGGCAUGCGCACAACCUUGGGGGGGUCGGGGCUGUGUGUUGGACGUCGGACGGUUGGACGUCGCAUGGUAAGUUGCGGCAAAGCCGUUCAGCACUAAACGUUUUGCAAAUGCAAUGAUACAGAGUCUCAGCAUCGUUGCUAUGUUUCAUAUACCGCAUGCACACUCAGUCUGCAGGUACUGAACAAAACGGCAGCAUGGCGGAACGGGGUUUCGUUGCGGCGAAACCGUCUUCCUAAUCCAGGCUGGCUUGAUAACUAGAUACAAACUCCUAAUAUGUACAGCUCUAACUUAUUGGGGCUGACAGCGCGGCUGCAUUGAGGACAAACGCUCGCGCUCGCAGCCCACGCGUCCGCGAGGCUUCUGAUAGGUACAUAUGUGCCCGAAUUGGAGCCAUUUAUAUGUUAACAAAUCUAAUUCGACCAGCGGGAGUGUCUGCGAUAAGAUCGGCAUCUAACAUGUCUUUCUUGCAGCUGAGGACUUCAUGGCAUAUGUCUGAGUGUGCUCAACCUGUUGCUAUCACAGUUACCUUCACGAUCGCGGUUCCCUGACUCGAGUCGGGUGACGGAUCUACGUCGCCGGGGCCACUUCCUUCUUGUGUACAGUGACUUUGUGUAACUGAUGGCUUGA